AUGGCGACCAAUGCAAAAUUAAUGAAAGAAAUUAAUGAGCAAUUUCUUAUUUGCAAAAUCUGCUACGAACCUUAUAAAAACCCGAAGACGCUGACUUGUCUACACACAUUUUGUAGCAACUGUCUUCAAAAACACAUCGACUCCGAACAGGAGCGCUCGACUCGCUAUUCUUUGUACGGACGAUACCUCUACUGCCCAAUAUGCCGCAAGAAAACCGAGAUCCCUACGGGAGGAAUACGCCGUCUGCUGGACAACUUCCUCGUCUCGAACCUCACCGACGUCGUCAACCGACUAAAGACAUCCAAGAUACCCCCCUGCGAGAUUUGCCACAUGGUGCGAACACGAAGCAAUGAGGCGUGCAGCAAAUGUCUCGAGUGUUCGAAGGUGUUGUGCAAGUCGUGCGUCAAGCUACACAUGAACACGAAAGUGACCCAGAACCAUAGCCUUUUCGAUUUAGAGGGAGAAAAAGAUAUCGAAUGCAAGAGUCACGCGGGGGAGAUCGUAAGAUUUUACUGCGAGCCGUGUGAUGAAUGCAUUUGCGUUGUGUGUACGUUUCAAGAACACAGGGACCAUGAAAUUUGUUCGUUCAGCGAAGGCUCGGCCAAGUAUAAAUCAUCGAUCGAGUCAUUAGUGAACCAGUGUAAAGAGAGGCUGAUGAACUUGCGUGUGCGUCUAGGAAUGAUCGGGAAAUGCGAAUCGGCUCUUAAGGAAACCAGGGAACGAAUCCGUGACCUGGCCAUUAGCUACAUCGCCCAGGUACGUCAGACAGAGAAACAACUUUUACAAAGGGUCGACGCCAUGUUUGGCGAUGACAUUCUCGACUUUCUCGAUAACAAGUCGUGGCUGCAAGAGAACUUUGAUAAUCUGCAGAACACCUGCAACCUGGCCGAAAUCGUCAUGAAGGACAAAGGGGUCGAGAUUUUGCUCUUGAAGAAAGAACUCCAAAAUAAACUCGGUUUUCUCUUGGAGCCGGAUCUACCAAAAGUCCCCGAUCAUCUGGCUACGAACAUCAAAUUUAUCCCGGGCUUCGUUAAACUCGGUCACCUGUCUGUGACCAGCGGUGAAGAUGAUAGCGGGGAAACGUCUACCAAUAGCAAAGAUCUAUUUACGAUGUCUCAGAACUCAUCGAAUAAUCGACAGUUAUGUACAGUCUAUAAAAACUCGCAUUCCCAGACAGAUUUUAUCAGUUUUUCAGAAAACUCGACCACAAUGAAUGCACACGUAAAUGUGGAAUCAGCAGCUGCGCAAACAGCAAAGGUAGAGACAGUUAGUCGGCUGACGGGUACUGAUACCCGGCACACGCGGGAUAAGUCAACAGAAAUACAGCGCAUUGAUCCCAAAACACGCGGCACGAUGACAGAAUACCCGGACAGUCGAUUGCAAAACCCGUAUAACGAUCGCUUACAAGUCUCAUCAAAAACGUUUAAUCCACUUGUACCCCUGUCUACAAAGUCGACCGAAACGGAGUUAAAAUUUCUUCCGAAGGACGAAUUCAGUGUGGAGGACAUCAGCCUGUUGCAGCGAGUGAAAACUUACGGUUUUGAGGUGAGGUCGGCACCGAAGCCGACAACUCGCAGUCGCAAAGUCCAGACGGACGAUACACCGCCCACGCCGCCGCCCACCCCGAAAACGAUUACGAUAAACACGAUAUCGACCAACACCCCUCUUCCUCUUCCAAUGCCUAUCAUGCGGACUACUGCUCAUGAAACAAAAUCCGGAUCGAGCAGUCCCGUUAUUGACCGGCGUGCGCGGAGACUGAGUGGUGAUAUAGUGGCCAUCCGGCAGAGGUUCGGGGAUUCGAAACCCCUCAGGCGACAGGAAAGCUUAAAAGAAACCCCCUCGUCCGAUUCCUCCGAAUCUACACCCAGUUCCUCUUCUCCAGGCAGCCCAGCAGUUUCUCUCGUUAGCAACGGAACAGCUGUCUCGGUCCAGAACGGCCCCUUACUGCAGCGGCCGCAGCGAAUAUCAAUCAAGCAUGCUCAUGUACAAACGUCGCAGGUCGAGAUGGUUAGCUCGUGUACAGGGCCGGAUAAAACAGCUUACUGUAAUAGUACAACAUUGACCGACCGUGUGCUGUUACAAGAUGCCGUCACCGACACCGAAUCCCUGACAAUAGCGUCGCAGUCGGACGGUGCGAGUCACACAUCUAUGGAAGGUGAGAGCGUUACGCCGGUUCAAGAGGUCCCGAACAGGCGACAACAGGUUAUUCACCGGGGAUCGUCACCGGUCUUUACUUUUGACCCUUUAAGUUUACCGUGCACAACUAGAGUUGUCCUUUCUGAGCCGUCAGAUAAGCCGAUUGUCGUGCUAGCAGAUGCCUAUACGGAAACAGAAACACAACAGACGAGGGACUCUGAGACACUGACCGCUAUUCUGUCGACGGUGGAAAACUGGACACUGACAAAUCAGACAGAGUGCGUCAACAGCGGUACGUCGCCCGUGAUGACUCCUACCAGAGAGGUUGGCAUUUCCACUUUGAACCCUGUUCUUGUUCACCAGGGAAUGGCAACCACUCAGGUGGAGUGCGUCGACUCCGAAACGGAGACUUGCCUGUUUAUGCAAGACAACGAAACGCUGACGGACAAGGUGCAGUCGACAGAUGCGCAGACAAACAUUCAGGUGCACCGACAGGACGGCAUUACCUGGGUGGAUUGCAGCGAAAAUCUCGAACCUGGUACUCGGACAGAGACCGCGACGGGAACGAGUACUGACGACCAGAAUGCGUCAGAGGAUGAAGGUCGGAAAGAGAGCGGAGAUUCAGAGGAAGACGUAUUUUUUGAGAUCCGUGAUGACGAUGAUGAUGAUGAUGAUAAUUCUCCGAUGACGAAUUCUUUAGCAACGGGAAGCUCGCAACAAAGACAGCAUAAUCAUCAGCAACAACAUCAACAGCAGCAACAGCAGCAACAGCAGCAAGAUCAGCAGAAGCAGUCCGGUAACGGAAAAAGUACAAUGACCCUACCUGACGCAGUCGAGAGUCAUAAUACAAGCGUGUGCAACAUGUGCUCCCUUCAUAAACCGAGGCAAAUCCACCGGGCUACUAUGUCGUCGCCGACUCCAACCCACGACCAGGGAACCAUGGUCCUGUCUUUCAGCACUUCUUCUAUGGAGUUUAUCGACCGAGGCGCUCAGACCACCCAAGCAGUAACGGCAGACAAGUCGAUCGAAGCCGUUUUCAGCGAGCCUCCGCCAGGCAGUCCACCCCUGGCUUCGCCGGACUACAACGAUGCAGCGACUUCGACCGAAUCUCUACCAUACAUGGGUCUUCUGAGCGAGGUCGACCUUAAUGAACUCUAUCUGAUGCCUGACUCGGCGUUCGAGCUGCACUCUGACACCGACACGGCCAACUCUGAGUGUGAUUCCGAUAUGGAAACCGAAAUGGUCGAUCAGGAGACGUGGAUGGAGAAUUGCCAGAACGUCGAGGUGGGUACGCAGACAGCAAAUUUUGUAUCACUUAUUUCCUCUAACCCGGAGCAGUCCGUAUCGGAGAUUACGUCUGAGAUGUUAGACGACGGCUCGAAGGACUUAGUCAGCAUCGGAGUGAACACUAUGCCGAAAGUUACUUACGAGAAGGAGACUAGCACUCAGUCACGAUACCUUUUCUCUAAAGGCACCAUGACUUUCUAUAUCAACAAAUCGGACAAGUCAACGUCUACACUUUCAGGUUCAAACCGCUCGUCCAUCGUAUCGCGAAACAGUCUCGUGGUCGACCGGUGCGACAAAGACACGAUGACAAGUGGUUGUGGGGUUAUGGACAAGGCGGUCAGCACAGAUUUUACGCAGCUUAAUGAGCAGGUGGCUAACUGCAUUACCAAACUGAGAAAUGUACACGAUCGUCUCCAGAGCCCCACUACAAAACAGGCGCCCGAAACGGAACUUUCUCCGAAAUCGUCGCUUGCGCGGAAAAACAAGCCGAAGAUGGACGAACUGCUCGGCGCACCGACAACGCCAAUUACAUCGACGUCGAAUGUCAUGACGUCAUCUGUACCUCCAAUGUCGUACGCCCUGACAUCGUCGACACCCGCCGCGGCGACAUCGACUACUACGGCGUCGAUAAACAUUUUGGUGGAAGACGGGGUGAUGCGGCCUGUGUCCGCAUUUGAUAGCAUCUACCCCGGCGGUGGCGACGUCCUCUCGACACCUUCGAUAACGUUGACAAUGUCAACAGCUACACCGACGCUUAUGACGUCAACCUCAAUGUCUCAGUCGAUGUCCCUGCUGCCACCGCAGGUUAUGGCUACUGAAUUGCGUCCGGCCCGGGACAGGGUGACGGUACGUAAAGCUCAGCCCAUAACGACCCUUAAAUGCCGCUACAAAGAUAUGAACGUUGCUAAGAGUCAAAGUUUACCUCGUCAGUUUAUGUCUCCUACAAGUGAUCUUAAUUAUCAACAACAGCGACAGCAGUUGUUGCAAAUGCAGCAGCAACAAGCUGGGAUUCGGUUUGGAAGUCAAAUGGCGUCUCCACCAAGUCGACUUCCAUUAUUAAGGUAUAAUUCUGCUCCUGGCCGCAUUGUAACAGUUCCGAAACAGUCAACCCCUAAAGAUUUUACGGUAUCGUCGGCCCAGACGUCUCCAACAACUAACAGUAAAAUUCCAACAACCCGGAAAGCAUGCGAAUCACAAAAAGAGACAAUGAAGGACUAUUACACGAUCACAAACGGUAAAGCAAAAAAUCAACUCCCCUCAUUGCCAGAAAUCACUGAAACUCGAACCCCGUCCCUCUGUUCCGAUUCAUCUGGUGCUUCUAGCACGUCGUGGAAAUCGUCAUCAGUUUCUGGGCCGGCGUCUACGUCGGCGACCUCCAUGUUGACGUGGACGUCGACACCGACAUCGGAAUCAGAGUCGCCAGCAUCGUUAGCGUCUUCGCCGUCGUCAUCGUCAGCGGUGAACUUCCCGACAUCGCCGACGUCGUCGCACGGUAUUUCAGCCGCAGUUGACCCUCUGAACGCUUCGUCCGAAGAGCAAGUCCCGAGGAAAGACUACCUAUCGCCGACGUCGGCUGUGUCCUCUUUAGUGAUGGCCGUCUCGACGCCGGUGCCGGAGUCCAGGGAAUCAUCACCGCAAACGCGAAAAGGUGGCUUUAUGCAACGGCUGUUAUCUAGAAAACCCAAAAAGGACACUGACUCGAGCAAGCAACAGUCCUCGAGAUUAUCCACGCAUUCCGUUUCCUCGACGUCAUCAGCUUCUUCAGCGCUGUCGACUUCCGCGUCGCGAAAAUCUACCUCUCCUAAAUCCCCGGGAAAAACAGGCAAGUCGAAGACAAUGACGGCACCACCAUCUCCAGCGCCGUCAUCAUCGUCGGCCUCACCAUCCCCUAAACCAAUGAAAGGGCGGGGUUCUUCAAAGUCUUCAUCCCCAGACCCAGACUCCGCGACGGAGAAGACGGCAAAACCAAAGAAGAACCAUCCGUUCGUCUAUGUGCGACAACGGAUAUUCGCUAUCCAGCAUGAUGGCGAGGAGGAAGCUAACAGGAAGUCGCGGACACAUGACCGGAACCAAAAGAAAGUUGACAAAAAAUCUGAAAAGGUCAAAGGGUCCCCGUCUCCAUCGGCUGUUAGCAGUAGUAGCAGCAAAGGAAGGAGAAUGAUGACACCACCCAAACAAAACCCCACAGAUAUCAAAAAAGAGAAGACACCACCGCGGUCAGCAAUUCCGGUACCAGAGGGUCAGUCAUUUGCUGAUGUUUGUUAA